UCCUUCCACGCAUGUACAAUAAGACAUUUAUUUUUAACCAAAGUAUUUGAUUUUUCAAUUGAUGAUGGGAACUUGUCUUUUUGAAAUUAUUAUUUUAUUUUCAUUAUUAAGUGUUUCUAAGUUGAACUAAGCUGCUACAAAAACGAUGCACAACUUGUUGACCCAACUUACUAUAGAUCACCAAGGUAGAAUACUAACUAUGGCUCUGCGCCUAACUGAAAAGGAGAACAAUAUGAGAAGGAAGAUUUUGCCAUCUGUAUCUCCAAUCUCCACAAAACACUCAUUGUUGUUCAUAUUCAUUUUUACAAUAAUAGUCUCUUCUUUAAGCUCAUACUGCUGCGAAGCUGCUGCAUCUCCUUCUUCUUGCGGUAAUAUUCGAAACAUAAGCUGUCCUUUCAAACUGCAAGGUGAUCGUCAGAAAUGCGAUUCUUCUUUCUUCACCCAGGAGCUGUCCUGCCGCAAUAAUCGUACCAUCUUAUAUUUGCUUCCAGAUAAGCUCCUAUAUUAUGUCCAGAGUAUAAACUAUGAUAAUCUUUCGAUUAGGAUCGUUGAUCCAGGCGUUCGAAAGAAUAACCCUUCUUCUCGUCCGCUUCGUUCGUUGACAGAAGAAGACCUACAGCAAUCCGCUUAUCGUGCUGUAUUUUACGAGGAUGGCAGUAUCUCAGGAACCGGACCAAUGCUCUCCUUAAGCGAGCUUAAUCAGCCUAUUGCAAUGAUAGAAUGUCCGUCUCCUGUAACUUCUAAUCGUUACAUCAAUACAACUUCACCAACUUCUUCGUAUACCUCUUCAGUGUUCGGGAAGGAUUAUAUCUACGCUUAUGCUUAUAUGGUGGUUGGAUUUAUACCUAUAUCCGAAUUGAAGGUUAAUUGCAGGAUUAGCAAGUUAGCUUGGGUCUCACUACGAGCGCCUUCUAGACCCUCAAUUUCAUCCAAUAUGUCUGCAAUUCACGAUGCAAUGCUUUAUGGAUUUGAAAUUCCCUGGAGUUACUUCUACUGCCUGAAGUGUGAUGCAACCCUGUCCGGAGAGGAUUCAUGUGAUACCCAAAAUCGCGAUUAUCAUCACUGGGCUUGCAAAAAUUACGACUCACACUGCAACGUCGGUCAUCUAAGCUCUUACAAUCUUACAAUUUCGUGCAUCCGUAAAAAUAUACAUGACAUCGUAACAAGCCGGAAAAAUCAAAGGGCCAUUGGAAUAUAUUUUGGUGUAAGAUUCUUUUUAGGAUUACUACUAUUGCUCGCUGUGGUGGCUUAUAGAGCUAGAAGAAGGCAUUUAUCAAUGUAUAACACCAUUGAGGAUUUUCUUCAAGCUCAAAACAACUUGAUGCCUAUAAGGUAUGCGUACUCUGAUAUUAAGAAGAUGACCAAUAAUUUUGGAGAUAAACUGGGUGAAGGAGGUUUUGGCACCGUAUAUAAAGGAAAGCUUCGCAGUGGUCUUUUUGUGGCAGUAAAGAUACUGGGCAAGUCUUCAUCAACUGGCCAAGAAUUCAUUAAUGAAGUUGCUACCAGUGGAAGAAUUCAUCAUGUCAAUGUGGUGGAACUCCUUGGCUUUUGUUUUGAAGGUUCCAAGCGUGCUCUAAUUUAUGAGUUCAUGCCUAAUGGAUCUUUAGAGAAAUACAUUUUCUGUAAGGAAGGAACAGAAGAAGAAAUUGCUUCCUUGAGUUGGAUAAAGAUGUACGAUAUUUCCUGCAAGGUAGCAAGUGGAAUUGACUACUUACAUCGAGGUUGUGACAUGCAAAUUUUGCAUUUUGACAUCAAACCUCACAACAUUCUCCUCGAUAAGAAUUUCAAUCCAAUUAUUUCGGAUUUCGGGCUUGCAAAAUCAUAUGCCACCGACGAUAGCAUUGUGACUCUUACUGCAGCAAGAGGUACAAUGGGCUACAUGGCUCCAGAAAUGUUUUACAAAAAUAUUGGUGGAAUUUCAUACAAAGCAGAUGUUUAUAGUUUUGGAAUGUUGCUCAUGGAGAUGGCUGGUCGAAGGAAAAAUUCAAAUCCAUUUGUGGAUCAUGUUAGCCAGGUUCACUUCCCGUCGUGGGUAUACAACCAAUUUAGCGAAGGUAAAGAGCUUGAGAUGGAAGAUGUUACCCAGGAAGAACGGAAGUUGGUGAAGAAGAUGAUAAUAGUAGCAUUGUGGUGUAUACAAAUGAAACCGAGUGACCGUCCUCCAAUGAACAAAGUUAUUGAAAUGCUAGAAGGACCUGUUGAACACUUGGUAAUGCCUCCUAAACCAUUUUUAUAUACAAAAGAAGAUCCGGCAGAGAUAAAGAGCAGCUCAACUCAAUCUUUCCUCAAGUCACUGCAAACUGAGGAAUAAAUCUCCACUUCAAGUUUAUUGUCUUAUUUUAUAAAUUACAAUUCGAGCUUAUCUGGCUUGUAGUUAUAUAUACUACCAAAACUGCCAUAGGAAAACAUGAGCUUCUAUACAUGUAUAAUGUAUUCAAGUAAGUUCUAUAGUAUAUGCUAAAUUUAAGACUAUAUCAAUAGUGACUGAUCUAAAUCACAUUAGUCAGACUGA